UAGGAAACACUGAUGGCAUCCUCCAAUAAAAAGUCCAAGCACGAGAAUAAGAACCAGCGAGAGCUGCACGCCAAGGCGCUGGAGGGCAUCGUCACCGCCAACAGCUUCUUCACCGCCGCCGUCUUCAUCGGCAUCAAUGGCACCAUGCUGCCAUCCCCGUCCAUCCCGCAACACUGUGUCCCAAGCGCCGACAUCAUCCAGAGCCUCUUCCUCUUCGAGGUGCUUUCGUUCAGCUUCUACCUCGUGUCAUCCCUCAUUGCCCAGGGGAUGAAGCUCGCCAUCGCCGGCCUCGAGGCCACUGACCCCGAAAAAAAAAUAAAAUACGAGGAGGAGCGACGACGACACUUGCCAUAUCCACCUCUGACGUCUGAAUGGGAUGCCAAUGUGCCACGACACUUGUCAUACCCACCUCCGACACCGGCAUGGGAUGUCAGUGUGCCGGUGAUGGCGUGGUCGGCUGUAGGGAAGGAGGACGGCGAGAAGACCAAGGAGGAGGAGGAGAAACUGUGGUGGUUCCGGAAGAUGAUGAAGCUGUCGGUGGUGCUGUCGGUGCUGGGGAGCUUCUUCUUGAUGCUGGCCAUGGUGGAUGUCAUCCAGCUCAAGCUCGGACUUCUGUCGUGCGGGGGCAUGGCGGCGGUGGGCGCGGUGCUGGUGCUGACGCUCCUCGGGCUCAUCGGCCUCGGAGUCUACGUCGGCAGCGUGGUCUACUCCCUUAGGGUGUACUAGCUAGCUUGCUAAUGCUAGCUAGAAAAGUGAUUAACUCAAAUGAAGGGUUCUCCAAGACUCAAGUCUUGUAUUAUCGUUGACUG